AUGUCCUUGUGGGUCGACAAAUACCGUCCCAAAAAAUUCGGACAACUCACAUUUCAUCCACAAAUUACAGACUCGCUCAAAUCUCUAGCUGCAACCGGAGAUUUCCCCCAUCUUCUUGUAUAUGGGCCUAGCGGAGCAGGCAAGAAAACCAGAAUCUAUGCUACUCUCAACGAAUUGUUUGGAGCUUCGGUGGAAAAGUUGAAGAUCGACGUAAAAACGUUCACCAAUGCCAGCAGCAAGAAGCUAGAAUUCAAUGUGCUCAGUUCACCAUACCAUUUGGAGAUCACACCCUCUGACAUGGGAAACAACGAUAGAGUUGUUAUCCAGGAUUUGUUGAAGGACGUUGCGUCAACAGAACAGGUGGACUUCUCCAAUCCUGGCAAAAACGGAGUAAAACAUCGGUUCAAGGUUGUGAUCAUCAACGAAGCCGAUUCCUUGAGUCGAGAUGCGCAGGCUGCAUUGAGAAGAACCAUGGAAAAGUACUCGGCCAAUAUUCGACUUAUUAUGGUUUGUAACAAUAUCUCCAAUAUCAUUGCUCCCAUCAAGUCCAGAACAUUGUUGGUGCGGGUACCUGCGCCAUCUGUGAAAGAGAUCGGGGACAUAUUGUUGCACAUUGCCCUGAAAGAAUCGGUCAAAUUUUCUUCCAAUGAUCCUGAGAAAUUGAGGAAGUAUGUUGAUGCUGUCGCCCGUGGAUCAGCUCAAAACUUGCGCCGUAGUAUGUUGACCUUCGAGACGAUAUCCAUGCAGCUGGAGCUGUUAAACGUGGACAACUUGAGCUCUGCCACUAUUGUGUUAGAUUGGGAGGUGAUUAUUCAAAACAUCGCGCUGUCAUUGCGUCGCGAUAAGAGCGUUGCCAACUUGGCCAAGUUGAGAGUGACUUUCUACGAGCUUCUCUCACAUUGUAUUCCCUCGCGUCUCAUACUAAAAACACUUGCUCUAGAGUUGGCGUCAUCUGAGACUAGCCACUGCAGAGAGCUUAUGGAAACCGCGGCCGUUUUUGACGAACGUUUGAGUUUGGGACUGAAGGCUAUCUUCCACCUUGAGGGUUUUGCCGCCAAGGCCAUGGUCAUAAUGUCGUAA